AUGGAAAAGUUCAAUAUCAUCAGUCAGAACAAGACAAUCACCAUCACCACUUCCAAUGUCAACAUCACCGUCACCACCUACAAUGUCAGCAUCACCAUCACCAUUACCACUUCCAAUGUCAGCAUCACCAUCACCGUCACCGCCUACAAUGUCAGCAUCACCGUCACCACCUACAAUGUCAGCAUCACCAUCACCAUUACCACUUCCAAUGUCAGCAUCACCAUCACCACCUACAAUGUCGGCAUCACCAUCACCGUCACCGCCUACAAUGUCGGCAUCACCAUCACCACCUACAAUGUCAGCAUCACCAUCACCAUCACCACCUACAAUGUCACAUCACCAUCACCACCUACAAUGUCGGCAUCACCAUCACCGUCACCGCCUACAAUCAUCACCAUCACCAUCACCGCCUACAAUGUCAGCAUCACCAUCACCACCUACAAUGUCGGCAUCACCAUCACCAUCACCGCCUACAAUGUCAGCAUCACCAUCACCAUCACCGCCUACAAUGUCACAUCACCAUCACCACCUACAAUGUCGGCAUCACCAUCACCAUCACCGCCUACAAUGUCAGCAUCACCAUCACCAUCACCGCCUACAAUGUCAGCAUCACCAUCACCACCUACAAUGUCAGCAUCACCAUCACCAUCACCGCCUACAAUGUCAGCAUCACCAUCACCAUCACCGCCUACAAUGUCAGCAUCACCAUCACCACCUACAAUGUCAGCAUCACCAUCACCAUCACCGCCUACAAUGUCAGCAUCACCAUCACCAUCACCGCCUACAAUGUCAGCAUCACCAUCACCAUCACCGCCUACAAUGUCAGCAUCACCAUCACCAUCACCGCCUACAAUGUCAGCAUCACCAUCACCAUCACCGCCUACAAUGUCAGCAUCACCAUCACCACCUACAAUGUCAGCAUCACCAUCACCACCUACAAUGUCAGCAUCACCAUCACCACCUACAAUGUCAGCAUCACCAUCACCAUCACCGCCUACAAUGUCAGCAUCACCAUCACCAUCACCG